AUGGCCGAAGGCAAAGUACGGGUGCUGCACUUGCUGUGCAAGCACGAGAAGUCGCGAAAUCCUGUCUCGAGGUUUGACUGUAGACUUGGAAUGACUUGGACAAGACUUUCUUCCGGGAUCACAAUGAAGGUGUCUGUGGAAUCUGCACACGGAGAGCUAAAAGCAAUUCUGGGGAGGCUCGAAGGCAAAUCGGGCCAGGAGUUGGUGGAUGCCUUCGCCAAAGAAGCGCAACUUCGCAGCGAUUGCGGUUCCUUUGCUCAGGGUGGUGACUUGGGAUUCUUCGGGCCAAGUGAGAUGCAAAAGGAGUUUGAGGAUGCCUCCUUUGCUCUUGAUGUUGGGCAGAUGAGUGGCAUUGUGGAUUCCCAGAGCGGCAGUCAUAUAAUAUUGCGGAUAGCCUGA